AUAUACACAUCUGUCACUCAGUCCCAGGCACAUCUCCUUGACAAGUCAGAAGAGUCACUCACCAGGCAUCUCGAAAGGAUGAAGCCUUUCCUUGCCAUCAUUUUUUGCUUCUUGAUCCUGGGAGUUGACAGCCAAAGGUGGUUCCAGUUCAUGAAAGAAGCUGGCCAAGGGAGUAGAGACAUGUGGAGAGCUUACUCUGACAUGAGAGAGGCCAACUGGAAAAACUCAGAUAAAUACUUCCAUGCCCGGGGGAACUAUGAUGCUGCCAAAAGGGGACCAGGAGGAGCCUGGGCUGCUAAAGUGAUCAGUGAUGCCAGAGAGGGUAUUCAGAGGUUCACAGGACGUGGAGCAGCGGACUCAAGAGCUGACCAGUUUGCCAACAAAUGGGGCCGGAGUGGUAAAGACCCCAACCACUUUCGACCUGCUGGCCUGCCUAGUAAAUACUGAGUUUCAUCUUCAUGCUAUUCCCAGCCAUGCAGCCCCCAAGGUUGCAUUUACUAGAUUAAGUUAGUUCCUGAGCUCUGGACGUCUAAGCACCCCGAAAUUUAGAAUAAAUACCUGUGAAAUGCUA